AUGGAGGCAGCGUCGGUCACUCUCAAGCAUAACCAUGACAUGUACAUGUUGGCGGAGCAAGAGGAAAGCCGAUGUGUAGAAUACUACUCGUCAGGUUCAUCAUUCAGCGAGGAUGAGUUGCUCUUUGCACUUGAGUUGAUGUCUGCCGAGGAUGAGAAGGUGAAUAAGCUUAUUGCGGAUCGCUACGAUAUCUCUAGCUAG